CCCAGCCAGAGAGGCGGCUGCUCUGCGGGUUUUCAGCAAGAUGUGCCACCUUGUGCCAUUUUGAUCUGAGGAGUGACCUAUCUUUCAAAUAGACAACCUUGGACCACAAUGCGGAGCCCCUACGUCACUUUUCUCCUCCCGUCGGGUCCCUGUGCAAACCCCCUGCUGUGAUACGCUUGAAGCGGAGAGUGAGUGGAGGAAGGAGGACAGCUUGAGGGGGAACUUUUCGAGUGGAACAACACAAAAAAGCUCUCCGUGCGGCCCCAAAAAUGGCUGAAGUCACGACCGAAGGACCCGAACAGGAUUCCGAGAGGACGGCGGAUCAAAACGGCGCCGGUGAGACGGGAGAAACCGGCAAGGAGGAGCAGGCCCUGCCGGACCCCAAACAGGAACCGGGCGACAACGAGAGCGGAGCAGGAAUGGACGUGAACGGCGGACACGGUGCGGUGACGACGGGGGAGGAGGAGGAGGAAGACAACUCGUCUCCCGUCCCCAACGCCGGCAAAGAAACAGUUUCACCGACCGAAAAUAGACUCGACGGCGAGGGGGAAACGGGCGGUAAACUCUCCGAAGCGGGGAAAAGUCCCGUACGGGGGAGUUUGGCGAGUAGCACCGAGGGUGUACCAGAGGGCUCCCGGGUGCUGAAACAAGAACAAAGAGAGGAGGAGAGCGUGUCCUCACCGCCUACCGACCGCACAAAGACCGCGGAGAAAGGGGAACACGGCACCAAGAGACGGGCCAGUGUGGAAAUGUCCUCCUCGGAUGGAGAGCCGCUCAGCCGUGUGGAUUCAGAGGACAGCAUCGGCAGCACCCUGAUGGAGGUGGAGAGUACGGCAUCCAGCGGUCGCUCCACCCCAGCCAUGAUGAACGGUCACGGCGGGGGGACAGUGGCGGGGGGUGGCUCGGCAGCAGGGGGCAAGUCUCUGGGCUACACCUGCUGCUGGGACCACUGCCAGCUGUUGUUCCCCAGCAGCCCCGACCUGGCCGAACACAUUCGGGCCACGCAUGUGGAUGGACAGAGAGGAGGGGUGUUUGUGUGUCUGUGGAAGGGCUGUAAGGUGUACAACACACCCUCCACCAGUCAGAGCUGGCUCCAGAGACACAUGCUGACCCACAGUGGAGACAAACCAUUCAAGUGUGUGGUGGGAGGCUGCAAUGCAACAUUUGCCUCCCAGGGGGGGUUGGCGCGCCAUGUGCCCACUCACUUCAGCUCACAGAGUUCGUCCAAAAUGGCCAGUCAAGGCAAAGUGAAAGAGGAGUCUCCCUCAAAGGCCGGCCUGAACAAGAGGAGGAAACUCAAGAACAAACGCAGGCGCUCUCUCCCCCGGCCCCAUGACUUCUUUGACGCUCAGACCAUGGACGCCAUCCGCCAUCGAGCCAUCUGCCUCAACCUGGCAACACACAUAGAGAGUCUGGGUAACGGACACAGUGUCGUGUUCCACAGCACGGUAAUAGCGAGGAGGAAAGAAGACUCUGGAAAAGUCAAGGUCCUGUUGCACUGGACACCUGAAGACAUACUGCCAGAUGUUUGGGUGAAUGAGAGCGACAGGUUGCAGCAGAAAACCAAAGUGGUGCAUCUGUCCAAGCUGCCCACAGAUACAGCUGUGCUCCUCGACCCCAACAUCUACAGGAUGUUCUUCUAACGAUCUUCAGAGGCGAUGCCAGUGUCACAUCCUGCUAUCCAACGACCAAUGAGGAGCCAGUCUCUCCUUCUUCCUUCUUUUCAGUCUCUAUGUUCUUUUGCUCCCCCAUCACCUCCAGAACAAUGCUGUGAGUUUAGUGAAUCUUGUUUCCAAGGCUCUCUGAAGAAUCUACAUUAGGUGCUGAGCAUAUUGAGAAGUUUUAGGGGGAGGGAGAUGUUGCUUUUAUGUUUUAGGUAACACAGCUAGACUGAAAGCUAACUGAGGCAAGCUAAACUGACAAAAUUGUAGAGUUAGACACAUUUCUAGAGAAAACCUGUCUGUAAAUACUUCUGAAGAUUUGUAAUAUAUUUUUAUACUUUGAAAUUUUACUGUACUGUAGAUAGAUGUUCUUUUUCUGCCAAACAUUUUUUAAAUAGAUGUUUUAAAGACUGAUAAUAUUGGUCCAUGUGCAUAUAGUUGACAGUGCUCUGGUUUGAUGUCAUUAAAGUUUUUUUUUCCCGGCUUCCA